AGUCAACGCGCAAAGUUCGCGUUAUAACGUCUGUCAUACUGAAAACCGUGCUGAAAACUAUGUAUCACUUCUUCGUAUUGUAUUCUAGUUUUGCUUAAGUUGCUGCCGACCAACGGUGUCUGUUGCAGUUUUAUCUUUAUUGACGAUUGAAUCCACAGCAGUUCUGAAUGAAUGCGUGAGCUUGUUUGUUUACGCUCAGCAUGAGUUUGAGAAUAUUAUCACGCAGUUAUAUGAUCAAUACGCUCCAAAACGUUUCAGGAAUAGACUUCCUUAACUCACUUCCUCCUAUGCAGUUGUUCAGUGAUAUCGUUCUCAUUUGAUUAGUUUCGCCUCGUGUGCUUCACAAUGAAACUCUUCUGUUUGAGCAGCAACCCAAACAAGCCAUGCAGCGUACUGAAGUUCAAGAACACUCUGAUCAUGUUCGACUGUGGUCUGGAUGCAACGUCCGUCCUUGGAUUCUUGCCUCUACCACUUGUCCUCAGCACACGGCUCUCAAACUUACCCCUGUGGAUUCCAAGAGAUGCUGGUGAUGCACAGUUAGAAGGGGAGUUCAAGGAGGCAAAUGGACGUGUGUUUGUUGACAGUGCCCCAGAAUUCUGCCUUCCGGAGACUGGUCUCGUUGACUUUGCCGAUAUCGAUGUCAUCCUCAUUUCCAACUACCAGUCCAUGUUGGCAUUACCUUAUGUCACGGAAAGGACAGGCUUCAAGGGAACCGUCUACAUGACUGAGCCAACCCUCCUUAUCGGAAGGCAGUUCAUGGAAGAGCUUGUCACCUACAUAGAAAGAACUCCCAAGCCAAGAACUGCAACCAAAUGGAAGCACCAGGCUCUAAAGUUCCUGCAGCUCCCAUCACUUGACUUGGGAAAACCGAGGUCUUGGCGGCAGUUGUACAGCAUGCAAGAUGUGAACAGCAGCCUUUCCAAGGUCAAGGUGGUUGGGUUUGCCGAGAAAGUGGAUGUAUUUGGAAUGGUUCAAGUGUCUGCAGUCAGCUCCGGUUAUUGCUUGGGUAGCUGCAACUGGAUUGUCACAGCUGAUCAUGAAAAGAUUGUGUAUAUGUCGGGUUCAUCAACAUUGACCACGCACCCAAAGCCAAUUGAGCACGGACCCCUAAGGAAUGCUGAUGCACUCAUCCUGACCAGCUUGACGCAGACACCAUUGGCCAACCCAGACACCAUGCUUGGAGAGUUCUGCAUCACAGUAGCUAUGACUGUGAAGAUGGGAGGCAAUGUGCUCAUCCCUUGCUACCCAUCAGGUGUGACCUACGACCUCUUUGAGUGCCUCUCUGGUCACCUGGAGACCACUGGGCAGGUCAAUGUCCCCAUGUACUUCUUGUCACCUGUGGCCGAGAAUUCGCUUGCGUACUCGUCCAUACUUGCUGAAUGGCUUUCCUCAGCCAAGCAGGCAAAAGUGUAUAUACCUGAAGAGCCUUUCCCCCAUGCUCAAUUGGUGCGUGGGGGCAGGUUAAAACCUUUUUCCAGCAUCAAAGCUGAAGGAUUCACUGCUGAUUUUCACACCCCGUGUAUUGUGUUUGCUGGCCACCCUUCCCUUCGGUUUGGUGAUGUGGUUCACUUCAUGGAGCUUUGGGGGCCAUCACCAAAUAAUGUCGUCAUAUUCACAGAACCCGACUUCAACUUGGCAGAAGCAAUUGCACCAUUUCAACCUAUGGCAAUGAAGGCACUGUGCUUCCCCAUCGACACGAGUCUCAGCUUUGUGCAGGCGAACAAGCUCAUUCGUGACUUGAAGCCGACCAACAUUGUUCUGCCCCUGCAGUACACGUUGCCACCGCUCUUGCAGCCGCACCGCAGUGACCUUGUCAUCGAAGCGGAAUGUGAGGUACAAACCUACACGCGCGGCAGCAUUGUUCACAUUCCAGUUCAGCGGAGGUACCAGCGAAUUGAAAUGACUUCCGAGCUGGCUGAGUCCGUAGUGCCCGUGGAAGUGAAGUGUGGGCUGGGCAUUGCAACUAUUACUGGUGCACUUCACGUCAAUAACAACCGCUGCAUGCUCAAGCCACUACAGAAAGAACCGAGUGGAAGCAAGAAGUGGAACGGCCAGACACCCCCAAAGAUCUACACCUGGGGAAGCCUGGAUGUCACAGAAUUUGCGCGGAAGUUAGAGAAGGCUGGAUUUACUGAUGUUAAGGUGGAGAACACUGCAUCCGGGAUGAUUGUUCAUUUGCCAAACGAAGACACGAUCAUCCAAGUGGACGAGCAUUCUACGCAUGUAUUUUGCGAAGGUGAUUAUGCUAUUCGAACCCAGCUCAGAGACCUCUUGCUGCAAUGUCUCAACAAGUUUUAAAUAUGUGUGAAAGGAACAAUAAAGGUUAGGGAUUGCUU